AUGUUGGAAAUUUUGUUAAGUAAGAGACCACGUAAAUCAGAACCAGUCUCAGUUGUGAUAUUCAGAAAGUUUGUUGUUAUAUUAUUUGUAUUAAUAGCAUUAGUUGUUCUUGUCAUAUUAUCAAUCGGAGUAAAUAAUGAUACACCAACUAUUACAAGAAAGUAUUCUCAAAUGGAUAAGUUCCCUGUACCAGAUAGCGGUGUAGAUGGUACAAAUAAUGAAUAUGUAAAUCAACCUACUUAUGAUAGCAACGGUAUAUUUUUGAAAGGAAGUUUUUUACCAGAUAAUUUAUCAUUUGUCAUUGGUGAUGUUAACAAGACUCAAAAUCAAGGAGAUAUAAAUUCAUUAAUUUUGAUUGUCGAGAUUACGGAUCCAAGUUAUAAUGCUACUAGUCAUAGUUCUAUCUAUUUGUCUGUUUCUAUGCGUGAUCAAGAAUAUGAUCCAUUUAAUGAUACACUUGCUAAUGGAACUGAUGAUUAUUCAACUUUUGUCAAAUCGCUUCAAGAAGAUGUUUUACAUAGUAUAGGAAAUGAUUAUGCUUUGGCAUCAUCAAGAAAAAAAAGGACUGUGUUAAAAGAUUCACCUCUAAAUGAUUUGGGACUUCCACAAAAGUAUCCAGAGCAACCUUAUGUUGUGACAAAUGAUCGUUCGAUAGGAACAGCAGAGAAUACAAAAUCUUCGAAGUUCAUCAUAACUCCUCAGAGUUUUUUGCUUGAAACUGAGGUUGAACAAAGUAUUCAUCUUAUCAAACCAUCUUCAUUAAUUAUUUUAGGUUCUGAUUCGAUUAAACCAUGGGGAUUUAUACAAGAAAGGAUCCUUAAAAAUGAAACACGUAAUAAAUUGAUGUCAGCACCAUUUUUUAAAAAGGAAGGGACUCCCGAGGAAAGGAUUGAAGCAUUGGAAACAUUUCUUAAAGACCAUGUUGUCGAUGUUAGUUUGAUAGAUCAGUCAAAUAAAUCAUCUUAUCAAAAGAUAAAUCCAUCAUCAUAA